AUGAGCGAUGGCAAUCUGCAAACAGGUGGCAAUCUCCAAACAGGCGACAAUACUAUCAUAGUUCACACUGGGAACGAGGAUAUUUCUAUAAUUAUAGAGACUGUUGAUACUAAUACGGAUCGCACUAUUACAUUAGGCACAGACACUCACACUUCAAAUACAAUAGAACUAGAGGUGGCUUCAGAUGGACAGACACAAUACUCAAAUACAUCGACUACUCAACUAAAUCCCAUAGACUUCCAAGAAGACAGCAUAUCAAACGACUCAACGGAAAACUCCCCUUUCGCUUUUACUACUACCCAACUAUCAUCUCUCCUAGACCCGAAAGACAUAACACAUUUAAAAAAUUUGGGGGGAGUCGAUGGAAUUGUGAAAGGACUUCACACUGACCUUCAUGCCGGAAUAUCAAAUGACGAAAUAGCACCAUUAGAACCCAUUACAUUAGAAGAGAUAUCUGGAAAAGAACUAUCAUAUGCUAAGAAACAUACAUUUACUACGACAUUGACCACCCCUUUUGCGCAACGAAUAAGUGCAUUUGGUGUCAAUGUCCUUCCCACCCGUAAACCAAAAUCAAUAUUUGCACUAAUGUGGAUAGCCAUGCAAGAUAAGAUAUUAAUUUUACUCGCCAUUGCUGCUGUUGUAUCCCUUGGGUUAGGGUUGUACGAAGAUUUCGGAGUCAAACAUGCAAGCACUCCUGAUGGAGUACAACAACCAAAGGUAAGUUGGGUUGAAGGAGUAGCAAUCAUCGUGGCUAUAUUUAUCGUGAUUAUGGUCGGCAGUGUAAACGAUUGGCAGAAAGAAAAACAAUUUCAAAAACUGAACGCAAAGAAAGAGGAUAGAGACGUUAAAGUUAUUAGAGAUGGUAAAGAGCAGCUGUUAUCAGUGCACAAAAUCCUAGUAGGCGAUUUGUUACAGUUGGAACCUGGCGAUAUUAUUGCUGUUGAUGGAAUAUUGGUCAGUGGUCAUAAUCUCAAAUGCGACGAAUCAGCCGCCACUGGAGAAAGUGACGCUAUUCGAAAAUUAAAAUACGAGGAUUGCAUAGAUUCGGAUGUAAAGGCAGACCCAUUCAUCAUAAGUGGCAGUAAAGUACUCGAAGGUGUCGGUACGUACAUUGUCACAGCAGUAGGAAUUAAUUCAUAUCACGGGCGUACUAUGAUGUCCCUCAGAAGUGAACCGGAAGAUACACCGUUACAGGAGAAGUUAAAUGAUCUUGCAGAAAAAAUAGCAAAAUUGGGAGGAGCAGCAGCAUUGUUAAUGUUUAUUGUAUUGUUGAUCAAGUAUUUCGUCGCCUUUAAAGACGGCGUGCCCGCGGCUACGACAGUUGUUGAAUCUCUGACGCGAAUUGUAAUAUCGACUGUUACUGUCGUUGUCGUGGCUGUACCUGAAGGAUUACCAUUGGCUGUUACACUAGCUCUCGCGUUUGCUACAACUCGUAUGCUGAAAGACAACAAUCUCGUCCGCGUUCUCUCGGCCUGCGAAACCAUGGGUAAUGCUACAACAAUAUGUUCAGACAAGACGGGCACCCUCACUCAAAACAAGAUGACGGUCGUCGCCGGCACAAUUAGCCAAUCGGUCUCGUUUGUAAAGGAUCCCGUAGCACAUUCGCAAUCACUCAAGAACGGACCAUCUACACUAUCCAUCAAGCAACUAGAGAAUCCGAUGGCCAUAACCGAUUUGACUAGAACACUUCCCAAGAAUGUUACACGCGUACUUGAAGAAUCAAUUGCAAUUAACUCUACUGCAUUCGAGGGAGAAACGAAUAGUGACGGAAAGAUUACUUUUGUCGGAUCAAAGACAGAGACUGCUUUACUUGAACUUUUAAUGGAGCUGGGCUUGAAGGAAUAUAAAAAAUUACGCGAGGAUGCUCAAAUAGUACAACUUUUUCCGUUCAAUUCUGAUCGCAAAGCGAUGGGAGUGGUAGUCAAAAUCUCUUCAACAAAAUGGCGUUUCUACGUUAAAGGUGCAAGUGAAGUUCUCGUCAGCAAAUCCCGAUACAUAAUAGACAUUGAGUCGAAUACGGAAAACCCGUCAUCAUUCUCUCCACAUGCAAAAGAUUUGACGCAGGAAAGUUUGGACACGCUGAAAAACAUGAUUACGUACUAUGCCAGUCAAUCUUUACGCACUAUCGCUAUGUGUUAUCGCGACUUUGAAGAAUGGCCUCCGGCAAAUAUGAACACUUCUAAUGAAAAUAAGGCAUUUGAGCAUUUGUUUGACGAUAUCACGCUCAUUGGAAUCUUUGGUAUAGAGGAUCCGCUGAGAGAAGGAGUUAGGGAGGCGGUGCUUAAUUGUAAAAAGGCCGGUGUAUACGUACGGAUGGUAACGGGUGAUAAUAUAUUGACUGCCAAGUCAAUCGCUACUCAAUGUGGAAUAUAUACGGGUGGGAAGAUAAUGGAAGGACCUGUAUUUAGGAAUCUACCGACUGCCGAGAGGGACGCUAUUAUUCCAAAUCUACAAGUACUCGCUCGUUCUAGUCCCGAGGAUAAGAGAAUACUCGUUAGCAGACUAAAAGAAUUAGGCGAAAUUGUUGCUGUGACUGGAGACGGUACUAACGACGGUCCUGCACUGAAGACCGCCGACGUCGGGUUCUCUAUGGGUAUUGCUGGGACAGAAGUAGCCAAAGAAGCGUCGGCGAUUAUAUUGAUGGACGAUAACUUUUCGAGUAUUGUUAAAGCCAUAAUGUGGGGAAGAAGUGUAAAUGAUGCCGUCAAAAAGUUCCUCCAAUUCCAAUUGACUGUUAACGUAACGGCCGUGCUAUUGACCUUUAUUUCUGCAGUAAGCAGCGACGAGGAAAAAUCUGUGUUAAAAGCAGUGCAAUUGCUAUGGGUUAAUCUAAUUAUGGACACUUUUGCAGCUCUGGCUCUUGCGACCGACCCUCCCACGCUCGAUUUACUUGAUAGGAAACCUGAACCACGUACUGCACCGCUGAUUUCAUUUGACAUGUGGAAAAUGAUUAUUGGACAGAGCAUAGUUCAAUUAGCUGUUACUCUUCUUCUGCUAUACGGAGGAGAAUCAUUGUUACAGUACGGGGCCGAUCAAUUGCAAACUCUAAUUUUUAAUACUUUUGUGUUCUUUCAAAUAUUCAACGAAAUUAACUGCCGCCGAUUAGACAACAAACUGAACAUAUUCAAGGGAAUUUUGGCCAAUCGAUUCUUUCUGUUUAUAUUCGUUGUGAUGGUGGGCGGACAAGCAAUGAUUGUUAACUUUGGCGGAGCUGCAUUCCAAGUGACUAGAUUAAAUGGAGUACAAUGGGCUAUUUCUCUAGGUUUAGGAUUUAUAUCUAUCCCGAUCGGAGUGAUAAUACGAUUAAUUCCUAACGCACCAUUACGACGCUUAAUAGCUGGUUUGAAAAUCCCUGGAAAGAAGACAGGAACGGGUACGCUAGCUAAACGGUCUGAUACAUUUGGACUUGGCAAGGAAGAAUGGAAUCCUGCUAUUGCUAACGUAAGACAGAAAUUAUUCGUCUUUAAAACAAUUCGUGGUGGUAGACUACGCGCGUCCAGGUUGCAUAUUGGACACGAUAAAGAGCGCGCAGCCAAGAGAUCAGAUGCGUUUGCUGCAGCAGCCAUGGUUCCUAGUUUAGUCGCUACAUCAGUCGGAGCGGGAUGGUCACCGAAUGCGGCGAACCGAUCAUCUCGACAUAAUAGUGAUAUGCAGUUAGAUGUAGGUGAGACGUUGGCUCAUCAGAUACAAAGAAUGAGUACGUCAAGUAGUACUAUUGUCGAGAAUGUCGAGAAUAUUGAGAUGCAGAGGAAAUCGUAA